AAGGGUAUAUAUCAUGAAAAACAACAACAGUUUGUACCAGCUUGGAGUACAAUAGGCAAUCCAGGUCAAAAAGAACACUCUAAUAAUAAUAGUAAUAAUAAUAAUACCCCUACUUUCUUUACACCUCGGUUUUUAGAAGCAUUGCAAGAAGAUGAGUCCUAUAGUACUUCAAGCUUUCCAUUCCCUAUGAGUAAAGAAACUGAUUGGAAUCGAUCAUCUCCUUCAAAAGGCUUUGCUGAAGGUUCAUCUACAGAUUGUUAUACAAUAACUACAACGGUAAUAUAUAUGAUAUAUAUAUAAAUAUAUAUUAUUUUGUAAAUAACUUACUUUAUAUACCAAAAAGUUUCCAGGAAAAAAUUCAACCUUUCAAAAUGAUAAAUGUACUCCUUCUCCUUUUACACAACAACCAUUUUCUGUUGCUCCACAAAGUGAAUAUUCGUCCAUGAUACCCUCAUCUGAUAAUUUACAUAAUCAUUCAAUGAUGACUCAUGAAUUGCCUGUGUCUUCGUUAACGACAACUACAUCUGUAAGGCCUCCUAAUUAUUUAUUAACAGAGGAAAAUAAUCAACAACGAUUCAUUGAAAAUCGACAAAGAGCAUUGCAAAAGUGUACUAUCCAUGAAGCUAAAAUGAAGACCUUUAUACAAAACUAUUUAUCGCAUCAAUAUAAUGAUAAAGAAAAGACAGUUGUUAUUUUAACGAGCAAAGUAGCUCAAAAAAGUUAUGGAACCGAAAAAAGAUUCUUGUGCCCUCCUCCAACAGUACUUUUAAUAGGCACUGACUGGUGGACAUGUCCAAUAGAAAAACAACUGAAUACAAAUGAAUUGUUAAGAUUACCUGAUGGGAAAGAAUUAAGUCCACCCAAGAUGACUGUUUCUAUUUCAGGUGAGACCUCAAGUCAAUCAGGUCAAAUUGAAUGGUACACUGUUUCAAAGGCAACCGUUGGCCAAACAGGCAGACAACAACAACAACAACAACAACAACAACAACAGCAACAACAAGCUGUAUCUAGUACAAGUUCGCUAUCUCAACAGCAUCCGAGUCGAUUUCGUAGUUCAGCUGAAUCAAGAAACAAUCAAAUUGACUGGUAUCAUAACCCAUCACAUGAAAUGUUAACCGCUGGUAAAUGCGUUUCUAAACAUCUUUAUAUUAAUGAUGCAGAUGAGAAACGUAAACGAGUGGAGGCUUUAGUACGUAUUCAGUUAGCUGAUGGUAUUCAAUUAGGUACAUUAGCUUCAAAGGGUAUUAAAGUUAUUAGUAAACCAUCGAAAAAAAGACAGAGUGUGAAAAAUAUGGAGCUGUGUAUUCAUCAUGGAACAACUAUCUCAUUGUUUAAUCGAAUCCGUUCACAGACAGUAUCUACUAAAUAUCUUGGAGUUUCAUCUUCUACAACUUCAUUCCCAGGACAACCCUUUGAUGGCAAGACAAGUACACCCAAUGAUGGUAACACUUGCUUCGUGGCUCGAACAGUUUGUUGGGAUCCCUUUGUAAUUUGGAUUGUUGAUACUUCUGUCACAGAAGAAAAAAUAACUCAUACCAAUACGGUAGAGGACUUUAUAGGAAACAUUGGAACAGCAACUCAGCAUAAUAAUAAUAUAACAUCGUCAGCACUUUCUUAUUAUCCACCUCCACCUUCUAUUGCCUUAAAGAACAGAACAAGUCAACUGAUACCUAUUCAUUAUAAUCAACAUAUUGUGCUACAAUGCCUAACGACCGGUCUUGUGAGCCCAGUUAUGGUCAUUCGCAAAGUUGACAAAGCAUCUACUGUCGUUGGAGGAGCACCCCAAGGUAGCCAUAACGCAACAGAUGAUCCUUACUUGAAUGGAGAUGAAGUUUUAGGUGACCCUGUAUCUCAAUUACACAAAGUAGCGUUUCAAAUUGUACAACAACAACAACAACAACAACAGCAACAAUCGGCCACUUAUCUUGCUUGUUUAAAUGAUGUAGUAGGUAUGCAUAAAACAACCGAACCUCGAAAACUCUUUGUCAACUUGACAGCAAUGACUUCUUCUUCUUCUUCUUCUUCUUCUUCUUCUUCUUCUUCCUCUACAGGUAUCUUCAUCUCAGCUCCUACUAAUCACAUUCCUCAUCAUAAUCUGGAUGAUCUUGAUGUUACUUCACAUGAAAUAGGUGGUAAGAUUGUUCGUAAAAGAAGAGUUUCAACCGAUUUGGUGGUGGCAAAGGCGACGAAUAGGAUGCUUGAGCCCUCUUCUUAUGUCAUUCAUGAUGACUUUAACUUUUAUCACACGACUCAUGUAAGACAACCGCAAUCACAACAACCACGUAAAUUGAGUGUGAGUAGUCAUGGUUCUAUUGGAGGUGGUAGAAGAGCUUCAAAUAGUGGGAAUCAAACGACUGCAACUGCUGCUGCUUCAAAUCAUUUAGGUGCUUAUUGGUUUGAAGAUGUAUCUGAUGCAGCUGUUUGGACCAUUGUUGGUACAGCAUAUACAUUUCUAUUACCUACAGCCACUACAAAUGAAGAAGAUAAUAACAAUAGCAGUAGUAGUAGUGGUAGUAGUGGUAGUAGUGCUGCUGUAUCCGUCAGUAAUACUCCUUUUCCUGUGUUGUCUACUAUUUCAACAAAAGCCUAUAUAAAAGAUAGUCAUCAACAGCAAUUAUUAGCAUUGCAUGGAGAAAACUUUUCAAGAGAUUUACAAAUCUGGUUUGGUAAUUUAAAAGCAAGUGGAAUAGAAUAUCGUAGUCGAGAACUCAUACUUUGUAAAAUACCAUUAAAACAUGAGCUACUCGCAGUAAAAAGUUUAUACGGACAAAUACCUAUUUUAUUAGUAAAAGGGGAUGGUACACUAUGUAAAACAAACAAAUUCUAUCCAUUAUUAGUAGUGUAAUCAUCAUUCCUUUCUUUUGUCUUCAUACUCUCCUUUAUCCAUUUUUUUUUCUUAUGACACAUAUGUUCUCUUCUUUCCCUUUUAAUUAUGUAUAUG